AUGUCUGAUUCUAGAGACAAUCGGCUUCGUGUUUCCUCCGCGAGCGAGCUCUCCGACGAGCUGAGUAUUGAGCUUCUGACGGCAAUGAAUUUGGACACCGCUGACUUGCCCAAUGUCUUUGAUGAUGAAGUGCUCCCAAUUGGAGACGUGGCAGUUGGAGAAAGAGCUUCAGAUAUUAACAACAAUUUAAAUCACGUGUUAGAUCAAGAUGUUGCACAACGACCAGCGGAACCAGCAGCCGACGAAACUAUUCGUCUGGUGGUAAACCAACUUCAGCAACUCCAGAUCGGAGAAUCUACAUCGUUGGGAUCUAAUGAAUUUCUGAGCAACGAUCUGGCUUCCACCAGUGCACCAUUGAUCAACCAUGCUCCAAACGUCGCAGGAAUUUCGGAAUCAGAUGAUUCAGAUUCAGAGGUUUCACUCGUUGGUCCCGCACAUAGCCCACCUCCACCAAGCGAAGAUGGGCCAAGAAACCGGACUUCGCAGAACCAAAGAAGCAGAGAAAAACAAGGCUUCCGAAUUGGUUACAUGCCGAACUUGAAAUGGAAACUUGACAAGAACCCUCCUAUGUUCUCAUCCCCAGUAUGUCGGAACAACUUUGAUCACGACCGAUUCGUUCAGUUUGGAGAUGGAAUUUUAUUCAAUGGGGAUGGAAACUACAUAUAUGAUAAUAAUCUCAUCGCUGAUCAGGAGGAAAGAAACCCACUAAAUCUGCCAGAUGUCAUUGCUGUUGGUCCAAGGAAUCGAGAGCCUUUCGACAUGUUUCCAGCGGAUCCAAGACCACCAUGGGCCAUCAGAUCGAUUGUGUCGAAUGAGUACAUUCCUAUUGGAGAAAUCAGCCAAACCGAAUUCAUGGUUUAUGUAGUUGCUCGCUUAUUGGAAUAUGCUAUUUUCGGAGUAACCAGCAGAAAUCCUCCAGACUUGGUCGAUCAAUAUAUUCACAGAGGAGGGUUCGAAGGACUGAUUGCAUAUCUUGAAGAGUGCGAACAUAAUCCACCAGAAAGAACUGGCCAAUUUUCGAAAUGA